AUGUUCCGGGAGGAAUUUGUUAUUUUGAUCAAAUACAGUUUCCCCGUUUUUAUCACUCAUUUGUUGGAGUAUAGCUUAAUUGUGGCUUCUGUAGUGUCUAUCGGGCAUGUCUCCACGAUAGCACUUGCUGCUGCAACAUUAGGUUCCAUGACUGCUAGUGUGUCAGGCUACUCAAUCAUGCAAGGUUUUUCAUCUGCUCUCGACACACUUCUCCCUGCGGCAUGGACAUCUAGUCAGCCGAAAAUGGUUGGUUUAUGGAGCCAACGCCUGUUUGUUGUGACAACUGCAACCAUUAUACCAAUUCUUAUGAUUUGGUUCAAUGCUGAAUCAAUUUUACUCCUGCUUAGGCAGGAUCCUAAAGUUGCGCAUCUAGCUGGCGUGUACUUAAAAUGGGCAUCUUUGGGGCUCCCAGCAUAUACUUUCAACUGUAUUUCGCGGCGCUAUUUUCAAUCACAAGGACUCUUCGUUGUGCCAACUAGGAUCAUCCUAGCAGUAUCGCCCAUCAAUGCCCUUUUAAACUACGUUCUUGUGUGGGGCCCUGAACCCAUCAGGAUCGGUUUCAUCGGAGCACCAAUUGCCACUGCUAUUUCCUUCAACCUUAUUUCGAUAUUAUCAGUAAUCUAUGGCAUUUUUUAUGUCGAGAAGACUGCCUGGCAUCCUAUCUCAAGGCGGAGCUUCACCGGUUUAGGCCUUUUGGUACAACUGGGACUCGCUGGCGUUGGCCAGACCGCAUCUGAAUGGUGGUCAUGGGAGCUCAUUGGCUGUGCGCUCGGGCCUGCCACCCUAGCUGCCCAAUCAGUUCUGCUCAUCUCAUCAUCUUGGACAUACCAAGCUCCUUUUGCCUUGGCCGUAGCAACGUCUGUGCGCAUCGGGAAUCUUCUAGGCGAAAAACGAGCGAGGCACGCAGGUGUCUCCGCAAACACUGCAGUUGUUCUUGCAGUUGUCAUUGCGGUAGUGUGGAGCACUCUGUUUAUGUCGUUCAGGAAAUCAUGGGCAUACAUCUUCAAUAGUGACCCCGAGGUCGUGACUCUGGUGGCAUCCAUUCUGCCAAUUGUUGCUGUAUUCCAAGUGUUCGAUGGGACCAACGCUGUUGCCGGUGGUAUUUUGCGAGCGCGAGGUAAACAAUCCAUAGGCGCACUUCUCAAUCUCAGUGCUUACUACGUCAUCGGCAUCCCGUUUGGAAUUUGGUUGGCUUUUAAGAGGGACAUGGGACUUGUAGGUCUGUGGGUGGGACUCACACUUGCCCUCGUUUAUUGCUCGGUCUGGGGCACCUAUCUGGGUAUCACAGCUGACUGGCAGAAAGAGGUGGAGAAAGUUUUGGAUAGGCUGGCUAUAGAGAGCAAGAACACACACCGGGUCGAGGAAGAUGAAGAAUCACGCUUCUGA